GACACCCAGACAGACAGACAGACAAUGGAGCGGCUGGUUGUGUGUGUGCUGCUGUGUGUACUUCUAUGUGCGGUGCUGGUGAAGGGCUACAACUGCCCCGGCCGCUGCAUCUGCCAGCACCUCUCCCCCACUUUGACUCUGCUCUGUGCUAAGACCGGUCUGCUGUUUGUGCCCCCAACCAUCGACCGCAAGACCGUGGAGCUGCGCCUCACAGACAACUUCAUCACCAUCAUCCGCAGGAAAGACUUUUUCAACAUGACCAGCCUGGUCCACCUCACCCUGUCCCGUAACACCAUCAGCCAGAUCACGCCCCAUGCCUUCCUGGGCCUGCGCUCUCUACGAGCCCUCCACAUGGACGGCAACCGCCUCAGUGUCAUCAAGAGCGACCACUUCAAAGGCUUGGUCAACCUCCGCCACCUCAUACUGGGGAACAACCAGAUCCACCACGUGGCCCCUACCUCCUUUGAUGAGUUUGUGUCGACCAUCGAGGACCUGGAUCUGUCCAACAACAACCUGAGGACCCUGCCCUGGGAGGAGAUAGGCAGGAUGAGCCACAUCAACAUCCUCACCCUUGAUCACAACCUGAUCGAUCACAUCGGAGCUGGGACUUUCACACUCCUCACCAAGCUGGUUCGUCUGGAUAUGACCUCCAACCGGCUGCAGAAGCUACCUCCAGACAGCCUGUUUCAGCACGCACAGGUGCUGUCAGACGCCAAGGGCUCCAACCCGUCUUCCCUGGCAGUGAGCUUCGGAGGGAACCCUCUCCACUGUAACUGUGAGCUCCUGUGGCUCCGCAGACUGACACGACACGACGACCUGGAGACAUGCGCCUCCCCGGAGCACCUCAUGGACAAGUACUUCUGGUCCAUCCAGGAGGAGGAGUUCAUCUGCGAGCCCCCGCUCAUCACCAAGAACCUAUCCACCAAGCCCUACGUCAUGGAGGGCCAGGGGGUCACCCUCAAGUGCAAGGCCAUGGGAGACCCAGACCCGGCCAUCCACUGGCGCUUCCCAGACGGCAAGCUGGUGCAUAACAACUCCCGCACCAUCCUGUAUGACAACGGUACCUUGGACAUCCUCAUCACCACCCUAAAGGACAGCGGUGCCUUCAACUGUGUGGCCUCCAAUGCUGCAGGCAUCGCCACAGCUGCUGUGGAGAUCAACAUGAUCCCUCUGCCCCUGUUUGUAAACAACACAUUGCAUCACAUGCGCGAGGCUGAUCGGGGCCUCUCUGACAUCACCACCUCCUCCAAGUCAGGCAACGACACCAAGGGCCAUGACAAGCACCAGGACAGGAGGGUGGUGGUGGUCGAGUUGACCUCCUCCUCGGCUGUGAUUCGCUGGCCCUCCGAGCGCCACAUCCCAGGCAUCAGGAUGUACCAGAUUCAGUACAACAGCACUGCAGACGACACACUGGUUUACAGAAUGAUCCCGUCCACCAGUAAGACCUUUCUGAUCAACGACCUGGCGGCGGGCCGGGAGUAUGACCUGUGUGUCCUGGCGGUGUACGACGACGGCAUCACCUCUCUGACGGCCACGCGCGUGGUGGGCUGCGUCCAGUUCCACACAGCCAGCGAGGUCAGCCAGUGUCGCUUCAUCCACAGCCAGUUUCUGGGCGGCACCAUGAUAAUCAUCAUUGGCGGCAUCAUCGUGGCUUCAGUGCUGGUGUUUAUCAUCAUCCUCAUGAUCCGCUACAAAGCCCACAGCAGCCCCGAGGACAGCAAGGUCAAGGUCAGCUCCAGCAUGCACUCCCAGACCAACGGCAGCCAGCACAGACUCCAGCGCUCCACCUCCAAGCAACCUGCUGAGGACAGCCACCAGAGAGAAGCCCUACCGGUGGCAGCCAAGGAGUGCAUGGCCCUGGUGCUGAAGGUCGACAGUGACAAGAGGGAGUGGGACACUCCUCUGGCCACCACGGCAAUCCUGGAAGUGGAGCUGCCCCCCCUGCCCACGGACAAGGUGAGGAGGACCAGCCUGGACGCCCAGCGCUCUGGAUCUGGCCCCCCGUCAGAGGACACACAGACAGAAAGCAGCCUGAUGGGCUCCACCAUAUCCUUGUGUCUUCUAGGUCCCAACGCCAGCACCAAGGAGGCCCCCAGGCUCAAGGACAAGAGCACCCUGGCCAACAUGGGGUUUAAUAAUGAGCUGGCACGAACUAGGCACAGGUUCAGCUUUGAUGGGGGAGACUACUCCAUAUUUCAGAGCCACAGUUACCCCCGCAGAGCGCGGACGAGGCGGCACAAGUCUACAAACCAGCUCAACGUGGAGUCCUCACCGCUCGCCAACCGGAGAGUCACUUUCAGCAGCACUGAAUGGAUGCUGGAGAGCACAGUGUAAGAGAUACAGCCUGGCCUCUCUGGCUCUCUCAAAGACACACACACACACACAGUUUGACACAUACACCCUCAUGCACACCCAUUUACAUAUCUAACAAAUAAAUCUACAUGCAUACACAGACUCAGAGAGUUGCUGGAGAAGAAAACAGUCCCCUUUCAUCCUGCCUCCCCUCAUACUCCCAGAGCGACACAGAGUUGUUGGACAUUUCAUUAGUUUCUGCAGCAGUGCCUUAUUCUAAAAUAUGUACGAAUGGAGGAUGCUGCUCAUUGUAGUCAUAAACUUUCCUUUCUAUCAUGGUUUUCCCCGUUUCAUGGGGAGUGAUGCUUUGAGUUGUUGUGUUCUUUGACAUGCCAAGGGUUGGGGCAUUUGUAACUUUUCCUUUUAAUGUUAAAAAGAUCACACUGUAAAGUGAACAACCAGGUAUCUUGUAUGUUGAUCAUCCUUUGGGUUCUUUCAAAGACUUUUGCACACGAAGACACGACGAUACGAGGACAAGUAUCACACCAGUCUAUACAUUAUUAAAAAUAUAGAACUAUACACAUGCCGAUUUCAAAUGUUAGCAUAGAGGAUGGACCUGAUAAACCUGUGGACUCCUCCAUGCUGGUUGGACUGUAUGAUAUUACUAGGUAUUGUUCCAGAUGUGACUGUAUGAUAUUAAUCGGUAUUGUAUCUGGCUGGUCUAGAUAAAAAGACAACAAAAAAAUACAUAUAGAAGUAUAUUAAAAAGAUUGGUGUAUGUGUAUUAUGUAAGUCAUAUGUCACAACUUUUUACUGAGCAUUUGGGUGUUGGCCACAAGUUUUUACAUUAAAAACCUGUGUCCUCAAACUUCCCCCUAUUUAGUAUGACAAGGUUUGGACCACUUAUCCCUUAUGAGGGUAUUAAAUUGUUUGUGUGGGUUAACUGUACUGUUUGUGCCGCGUCCUUUUCUUACGGUGAUCCUGGAUCCUUUCGUCAAAAUCAUGAAAGCUGCUUGCACAUGGA